AACAUCGAUUUCAUUGAUUGAACCACUGUACUAUACAUUGCCCAGCCGUGACGCACGUCGGUAAGCAGUGUAUGACAUGGGAGCAAGGUGACAGGAACUGUACUUUCCACCCUGAAUUUAUCAACUUUAUCGUCAUAUAUUCCUCUGAGGAAAAAAUAAGUCAAAAUCUCGAGGAUGACCGUGCUGUUGUUUUCGCGAAGCCACAUGCACUGUGUUACACACUUAACGUAUUUUUUCAUUAAUAAAUGCGUGUUUAGAGUAAGAUGUAUUGUUUGAUUGUCAGGAAUGGUUUUUCACUGUGAGGAAAUACGGCUUGCCCUGGGAAAAUCGACCAAAAUUCGACAGGAUAGUUGCGAUGACAUUGGAUGACAAAAGGAUGAGAAGCGUUAGAAAAUAUGAUAGAUACCAAUAUUCAACAAAGGUUUUACAAGAUCUCAAUCGAUCCUAAUACCCUAUGCUAUCAAAACAUCAAUGACUUACCUAAUGAACUCCUUGCUCGAAUAUUUUCGUUUCUUCAUCCAAUUAAAGAUACACUUCCGGUUCUUGCACUAGUCUGUAGAAAAUGGCGAGAGAUUCUUUUGAACAAUGGUUCACUCUGGCGCGUGGUACAUGUUGAUCCCCGCCAUUAUGUAUAUUGGCACUUCAGCAUGAUGUGUUGUAUGUUUCGUCUGUAUGGCAAACAUAUACAAAAGCUGACUUGGACCGACCACUCGCCAGUGUACGAAAGUGUGUUUUCAUAUGUUCCGCGUUUACGAAACCUGAAAUAUCUAAGACUGCCAAUUCUGUGGACAAAAUCCGUCGUGGAGACCCUGUCUUCUCUGACGCAACUAGAAAAUAUACAGAUCAAUGGGGGAUUUGCUUUAACAGAUGAUGAACUGGAAAGGAUAGGGAGAUGUUUUCCAAAUUUGCUCGAAAUUUCGUUAAAUGCUUGUUGGCGGCUGACUGCCAACGGUAUUGUAAACCUUAUGGACAACUUAUCUAGCCUGAAAACAUUGAAGUUAAAGAUAAAUUCGGGUCUCAGUCUGAGUGAUCCGCGGAGUGGACAGGCCAUUCAAAGGGGAUAUGACAUCACCAGAUGUGUUAUAGACGACGACAGAUUCGGACUCGUGCAGGUCUUAUGUCUUCACUUUGUACCAAUUAAGAUGGAGGAACUGUGGGACUUGGUCAAGAAACUGGAAUGUCUUACGAAGCUAAGCAUCAGUAACUGUGAGCAACUUCAUGGUGUCCGAUUGGUUUCCAAUUCGCUACAAAAGUGCUAUCUGUUCAACCUCUGGAAUGCCCUGUUUGUAUGUAUAAGAUCUUCGACCUUAAAACUCCUAACGAUAGACCAUGGGAUGGAGGCAAUGGAGCAUGUCGAGGUGGAGGCGGCCUCACUGCGACGAGUUACCAUAGACGGUUGUAACGUUAUGCGCACUCUCCGCGUGUCCAGCAAGCGGCUAACGUUCAUAGAAUUGUCAAAGUGUGAAAAUAUUGACAUGAGGACAUUCCAUGAAACCCUUAGGAAUAACGUGUCUCUUCUGUCUCUUCGACUUGGUUGCAUAUCGCAAGACAGUCUGACCUUCGACGAGACCAUGAUCCCAAGCUUACAGGAACUGUGUCUUCUGGGGGACUUUUCUUGUGAGACUUUACACAUUAGAAGUCCCACUCUUAGAUUACUACACACAGAAUCUGAUAAUGACAUCGUUACACUGAAUCACAUGUACAUCACGGCCAAUCACUUGUGUAAGGUUGCCCUCACGGGAAUGCCCGCCCUCAAGACGCUCACCAUCCAGUGUGUGAGUGUAGACUGUAUAGAAAUGAACCUCUGUAGUGAUGAUCGGCUCAACCUUGAGUCAUGUGUUAUCCACGCUCUGAACGCCAUUGGAUUCCUUCGGUUAUUUGACUGCAAGGUGAAUCUUCUGUCUGUGUGUACCCCUUUGGCAAGGACAAUAGUUCUUUAUAGGUGUCAAAUGACAGAUUACGUCCUGCAGAUGGCGCUGAAUGGAUGUCUGAAUAUAGCUUAUCUGAAUCUCGAGAAGUGUCGCGAGAUCAGCAAAGUGUCUGUUCAUUCUCCUCUGAUGAAGUUUUUGAAUCUGUUUGGAUGUGUAGACGUACACAAGCUUGAUUUGGAAUACUGCCCACAGCUUCUGGCCUUGAAUGUAGGGCAAUGUACAAAUGUAAGACUAUUUAUUCGUGGAAUAGAGCAAAAGCUUGAUUCUCUUUGUCGAACAUAUGACAUAGUUCACCCCCAGGAAGUACUUAGGUGGAGUCAUGAUUUUCCUCCAAAACCUUAUGUCUGCGACAUACCAUAGAGUCGUGUUAAGUGACAAAGAAAGGAUGUUAAACCAGGUUGAUGCCGGGAGGGUCUUGUUUUAUGACAUAUAAUAGAUGUUUUAGGUACUGGUCUGUUUGAAAAUCUGCAACAACGCACAAAAUGUACAUUAACCAGAGUAGCGUGUGUUAGUUAUAUGUCGCUUUUGGUUAUCAUUAUGUUGUACUCCUAGUAAAUGAAGUCUUCUUUUAGAUGUUUUAUUUGAUACAAGAUGCAAUACAUUUAAUUCCAUGUUAACAACAGUAAUUAUGUAUAAUUGUAAUAGGUGACCUUUGUGUUUUGUACUUCCAUUGUGUAGAAGAAGUGUUUAUAUUGAAUGGGCUUGCUGGUUUUGAUUUGGAACUGUAACCGUACGGUGUUUUAAACCAUUUGUUUGUUGUUUUCUUUGCAAUGUCGUAUAUUUUUUAAAUUGAUCCAAAUAAUGAUUUUCAUAAAAUUGCGUCCACGCUAUCGUGACAAUGCUUAGAAUCAGUUCAAGCUCUGCAACUAAUGCCCGGUGAACUUUUAGGUAAGAUAAGAAAUGACAUAUGAAGGUUAUUGAAAUACUGAAUUGCAACAAUGUUUGCAAAACUGUUAAUAAAUAUUGAUUUGAAUGAUAAAUAUAUUUGUUUUAUUGAUUUUCAUAUGACAUGAAUAGAAUUAAGAACCCAGUAAUAUCAUUGCUGCGGAACUACAUGCGUUUUACGAAUGAUUGAUGAUAUGAUACCAGGCCCCGGAAUUAAAAACAAAAUUUAAUUUUAGCGUUGAAAUUAUUGUAUUUUUCCUUUUAUUUACUCCAUAAUCCGUAACGAAACGAAAGACUGGGGAAUAGCGAUAAAAUGGUGCACGACUUUUAAAUAUCUGUACAAAAAAAUAAACAAUGAUAUAAGUGUAAUGAGCAAUUUAUAUAAGUUCUAUGCUGAUGUGAAUCUUAUGUGGAUUAUAAUGUUUCAUCUAUAUUUUGUUAAUACCUUUGGUUACAUUAAUAUGUUUGCAUAUUGUUAUUACAGUUCAUUUGAUAUGAUGCGUCAAUAAGUGGCCAAUUAAUUAACACAAAUCAGGUCCACAUUCAUGAAACAGUUAUCAUUAUCAAAUUAUUUAUUCAAGCUCAAAUCUUAGCUCAAAGGAAAACAAUCAAAUUUAAAAUAGUCUUUAUAAGAAUAUAACCAUCUCCGUGUUUGGUGUUUACCUUUUUAUAUGUCGCACUUUAUAACUAUGUGUUGCAACAAAGUUUCAUCACGUGACUUUAACUUGAGUAUGUUAAUGGUUUUAUGAAUACGGACUCCAAGUGUGGGACACUGUCUAUAAAUUAAGUGUUUAAAUAUAUUUAGUUCGUAUCAUCAAUUGUAGUGUCUUGAUUUUCCUGGUAUAUCAUACCACCUGUUUUCUCAAUGUUUAUAGUAAAAUAGAUAUUUUGUUUCAGUCACAAGAAUCUCUGGCAAGAUCAAAUAACAAACUUACAAUUUAUUUAUAAGUUCAAAGACAUAAUACAUAUAUUAACAAUAUCACAGAAGGCAACACGUGCAACGCAUUUUGUAAAUCCUAGACAAACUUUAAUGUAGUGACUCAAUGUAAUAGAACUCAGACUCUCUUGAAUAACAUGAUUUGGAGCUUCAUACCAAUAACCAGUAAAAUAACAUUUAGAAAUAAUAUUUUGUUCAUGGGUAAUAAGUUACAAAAGAAUUUCUUUUUCAUAAUAUGAACUGAUAUGGAAAAUUUUGUAUUCCGGUUGUUUAAGUGUGCCAGAUAUCCUAAAUUCUUAUUUUUCUUCUCUCUCUCUCGUAAUUCUCUUGAAAGUAAGUUAGGCCAUAUAGUAGUAGCUUUAAGAAUUAUUAUUGUUUAUUUACAACAACAUGUCAUAUGCAGAAGAACAAUUUUCUAGGCUUAUGUUAUAUGCAUCUAUUGAUGUUGACCUGAAUCAUAUUUAUGCUCCUCUGGGUAUGCUAGAGUUACAUGCCGAAUAUUCACAAUGAAUUGUAAAACAAUUUAUUUUAUUUCUCAUUAAUUAAAAUGAAAAAGUCAUGUUGUCUGUUGACGUUUAUUUGAGGGAAAUAUAGAAAAAUAAGUUCCAAAUAAUACAGCAUUAUGUAAAGCUAUUGUAAUGUGACUUCAUUAUUUUGUCAUCGACAUCGUAUUCCUCGCCACUAUUCCCAUGUGUUAAAGUUUUCGGGAAACAAAGUGAGGAUCAAUGCGGGAAAAUCAUGAGUUAUAGUUGGAUUAAAUACAAUAUACAUAUAUAUAUAUAUAACAAAAAUAUUGAAAUGAUACAAUAGAAGCAAUAUUACACACGCAAACCUUCAGCUGACAUCAAUUAAAUGUAAUGCUAUCUGGCAAAACGUCGGAUUAAGGCCGUUUUGGUGUCGCUUAUAUAUUGCACAGAUGUUUAUCAAUAAUGCAAUGAUGUUUGACGUUAUUUUUUUUACCGGAGUUAAAGUUUUCUGUGAAAUCAUUUACCUACAUGAGCACCUAGUCGUGAAAAUCAAGAUAUUUGACUUACGUAUAUACGUCAUUAGUGUCCGUGUGGCAACGCUCACACUUGUUGUUGGGUAUACCAUCUACGUCAGUACAGCAGCUGGUCCUCCUGUUAUCCCGAAACGUCUGGAACAUAUGUUCAUGUGUCAUAACUGUGAGGUCAUACGUUCAUUCAUAAAUAACGAUUGACGUGCGAUAAACUUCAGCUGCCGGAUCUCAAACACAUCUAGGUGGUGACAGCUGUUCCGUGUGGAGGCACUCAGGCAGGUACAGGUGACGUUUUAAAUUGCGUUGCCCUUCUUCACAGACCUCCGUUGUCUUUCGGCACUCCCAACCUUAGUUUUGGAGGACUGUGCAGUAAUUCCUUUUAUAAGGUUGAAUUCUCCCAAACUGCUUGAAUCAUCAAGAAAAGGACGAAACCUUACACUUGUGUACUUGUAUCGCGUAUUGCUAACUUUAUUAGGUAACAAUAAGCGAAGCUGUGAGUAACUAAAUAAACAACCUUAUGGUAACCACCAUUGGUUAAUCGCCAAUAACACUAAGAUUCUUUGCAAAAUGAAAUGAAUAGAAUUGUUAUCAAUAGGACGUCAAACAAAUAAACUUAUACUUCCAAGACAAAAACAUAUAUCAAAAUGGGAAAUAUCAACUAGCUCGCUAUGGAGGCUGCGAUUAUGAGAAAAUAUUAAUUAAUAGCUAAUUAACAGCUCAUAAACUCUAUUUUUGUAAAACCUUAAUGGAAUUUA